AUGGAAUUCUCAGCAAAACGUGCCUGGCUCAUUAUUGCUAGUUUAGCUGCUGCAGUAGGUUAUGUAUUAAUAGUUCUUUUAAGAGCUGAAGCCAAAUAUAAAGCUUAUCUCGCAAUUAUUGCUAUAAUAGUAAACAUGAUGAUAAAAUUUAGUUCUUUCUCAUUCCAAGGAUGCUACGAAAAGAUGGCGAUAUCAGGAGAAGUCCAGCAAUUCCGCUGGCUGCUGAUAACAAUCAUUGUCGUAAAUUUAUUUGUCUCAGUUCUCAAAUACUUCCCUCAGUACGAGCCGCUGUUCCUCAGGAACCUCCACCAAGGGUAUUUCGACCAGUCACAGCCCGUCGGAGUGAAGACAAUCGUCGGUUCCCUGAUCUUCGGAGUCGGAAUGCAGCUUUCUUCCGGCUGCAUACUUGGCAUGUUCACAGGAAUCGGAGAUGGUUCCCCGAGGUCAUUCAUCGCAAUCGCGACUUGCAUUGUCGGAUCUACAGUUGGAACUUUGGAUUCUGUCUACUCCUGGUAUACAGGACUCCAGAGGAGCACUAAGCCAAUGAAGAUACACUUCGGUAUCAUGCUCGCGAUACUUAUUGGAUUAAUCCUGAUAACUUUCGCGGCAGAACGCAUCGUAAUGGGUUACAAGAAGACAUAUGAAGCCCCUGUCAACCUUCUCCUCAACGAAAACAUUGAAAAACCAAGUCAUAUCAAGGAAAUUAUUCUUAAGGUCGUUCAAGUCGGAACCGCACUUAUUGCAGGGGGUGGCCUUGGUGUCUUCUACCUUUUGUACGGAUCGAUGGUGAAUUUGGAGGAAGGAAUACCUGUAUUCGGUGCAAGGAUUCUUCAGGUCUGCGGAUUGCAUCCGGAGUCUUGGUUGUACUUCAGCGGAAAGGUAAUCCCUGAGAAUCUCCUCUCAAACACUUCGAUCAUCGUAAAUAUCGGACUGAUUAUCGGUUCUUUCAUCGCAAGUACGAUAAUGGGAACCUUCGGAAAUGUCGAGAAAUCGGAUGCCGUGGCCUGUAUCAAAGGAGCGAUUGGAGGAUUCUUAGUUGGCUUAUCUUCUCGAAUUUCGAAUGGUUGCACCGUCAGCAUUGUUAUAGGAGGCAUGGCCUCAUCUUCAAUGCACGGAAUCUUGUGGCUAGUUGGCUCUAUUAUCGGUUGCUUCGCAACAUUGAAAUUAACUCAGUUAGUUACGAUGAAGAAGAAGACUUCUGAUGACGUAGCCGCUUACGCUGUUAUCCCGUGA